CUGUAAUCUAACCUAACAUUUUUAAAUUUGUUUACAUUCCAUUUUCCCAUAAUUAACGAUAUUAUUUAAUGAAUUAAUUGAAAUGUGUGAACAAUACAUUAAUAGUCUACAUAUUGAAAAAUUAGGGCAUAAAAUACAGGAAAUUAGAGAAAGGGCUCUACAAAACAUUACAUCAAAAUUAGAAAAUGGGGUACUAUUCGAUAAUGACCUAGCCAGAAGCAAGGAACUUUUAAAUAAGCUAUUGAAAUGGUUUUUAUUCGAACCGUGCACUGAAGAAAAACACGUUAUUGCACUUAUAAAACGUGUUUUAAAAUCCGAAAGCGGUAAAAUCCUUAUACAGCAUACAGGAAAGGAAUGCAUCAUCAACGAAUUGGAGCAAAUUAAAUCAUACAUAGACCCCAAAUUUUCAAAACAACUCGAAGAGCUAUUAACUAUCGUCAACAAUAUGAAAACUGAAUUUGUAGUACCUCCUUUACAGUGCGAUGUUCCAUUAAGCUAUAGAUCUGGGCAAAGCGACAGCGACUGCAAUAGCUACAUAGGUACAACAGCCACUGUAGUAGAAGGCACAUUCAGGAAAGACCAUUCAGCCGAGCAGCAAACUAGAAUAGAAACUCCUGUAGACAAUGCAUCUACUUAUAGAAUUGAAGACUGUGGUGCUUCGGAAAUAAAUAAUUUUCCAAUUAACAUUUUCGAAUGGCAACCGCUUAUUGAAGCAGACAGGCACGUUUUAAACUCCGUUGAAAAUUCUUUGAUUAAUCCAACUCAGCCUUCCUCCCUGUUACAGUCUUGCGAUUUUUUUCGUAACGUUCUGUUGCACGAUUUCCCAGCAGAAAUUUUCCUGCAGAGACCUAAAAUUGUUUUCGAAUUCUUUUCUCUAUUGAAUUGCAAAUCGACCAGAAUUAACGAGGCUGUUUUAAAUUGCUUAUGUGAUUUAACGAGUGAUUUAAUAACCCGAGUAAAUCACUGUAAAGAUCCAUGUUUGCGGAACUUAAAAUUACAGCACAUUGGAGAUAUUAGUUGUCCUUGUACACCUUCAUCGACUGCAAACAAAGAAUCCUGCAAUAGAGACUUAAUAUCAGAUUCUCGAGACAAAUUCGAGCAGUCUGACCACGUUAUCGGGCUUCAAAGAAACCAGAUCACCAUUUUGAAAUACUGCUACUUGUGUGUGUUGCACGUUUUCAAAUAUUUGUGCGCUAAAAGAGAAUCAUGCAAGGAUAGCAAACCGAAAACAACCAUGGGUGCUGUUAAUCUUUCUUUGGUGUUAUUAGAUAAGAACUUAGAAUUGAUGUCUUUGUGUUUAGAAAAUGAAAAUUCCGAACACUUUUCCAAGACUUCUUUGGAACUAUUCAAAUUCGUCAAUGAUGUAUUUAUUUCGUAUGGCACAGCACUAGAAUAUUUCAGGGUGGAAUGUCUUUCAUCUGAAGAGAAUAUCAAAUUCAGAGGAGUUUAUUUGUGUUUGCUGCACCAUUGCCUCGACGUGUUACAGCGUUUGACUCCUCAUUCGAAAAGUAUUACAGUUCUUCCCAGGAAUUUGAAGUCUUCUUUGGCAAAUUCGCUUUUGGAUGUCACUUUUAGCCGGUUAUAUCCCACUGCUCAUAACAGGAUUUUAAAUUUUGUCGAGAAUUUUUCGUUAGACGAAGAUAAAUCUCCUUUGAGUAAAUACCGGGAGGUCAAGAGAAUAUGCCAAGGAAUGUCAGCUACUGUAAAAUUCCUCAAAGAUCAUAAAAAUUUGGCAGCUAUCGAGUGUUUUCAAUUAGCCAAUGACGCCUUACCAAGUGUAGAAUUUCAUAAGGAUUUUGAUUUUUUGAAGUUUUUUGUCGAUCUCUGUGUUGAGACAUAUUCUCUGGUUUCAGAAGAUUUAACUAUGGUGACUGUAAUUGAAGAAACUGUUUUAUGUUUACUAAAUCAUUCAAUGGACGAAGUAAAGCAGGAAAUGUACCGGUUGUGCCACAAAACUGCAGUUUCCUACAUCGGCCCGAAAUUAAAUGAUACUACAGGAGUAGUAGGAUCUCAAGUACAAUUUUUGCUAACUUCAAGGAUUCUAGUGGAGAUCGCCUGCUAUGGUUUAGAUAGCGAAAAUUAUAAUGUUCAGAAAUACGCACUGGAAAUUUUAACCUACAUCCUGAAAUGCAAACUAAUCGUAUCGGAGACCAUUUGGAACAAAAUAAUCCAAGCACUAGUACCCGCAUUGCCGAUAAUAAUCUGCCAACUAACAAAGAACUGUAUACUCUACAAAUCGGUGGCUUCUUUAGUAGACCCGGAUGUAGCCGCCCAAUCGUGUCUACCCGCAGUUUCAAUGUUGAAGUCUAACAUUCAAUUUCUAUUCUUGGAGGAUCCCUCAUUAAGAGACGAGGCGUUUUCGCGCAUUUGCUGGCUGCUGUCGUCCCAAGAAAAGGCCAGAGAGCUACUACCAGGAUUUAACGCCCUUUAUGAUACCUCUUUGGUCGGAAUUUUUAGGAGCAAAAAAAUGUUGGACUUGAAUAAAAUGCGAAGAACCGAACAUUUUUAUCAGCCGAGUAGUUUACACCAAGUGCUAGAGGUGAUAAAUUCGUGCAAUGUCGAGCCGGUAAUAAAGAGAUCCGCUUUGAAUCAAAUCAGCGUGAUGAUGGAAGAUACUUUGUUGCAUCAGAUUUUCUUGGAUGCAGGCGGUGUGAAAUUGGUUGUGAAUAUCAUGAAAAGUGCCUUGACCGAAAAGGACUACAACGAUUACCCAGAUUCGUUCGUACCUGUGGUAUCCAUAUUGAAAAAUUUGUGUUUGUACCAUAACAACGUGAGGGAAGAGCUGAGUGGAAACGAGGAGGUUUUGUAUUUCAUUUUAAGAGGACUAUUUCUGUUUUUCACCGAAGAGAGAUUAAAACAAGACGCCGUGAUUCUUCUGCUUCUUUUGAUCUUCAAGGAUCUGAUAUGGGGCAGCCCGUCCAGGGCUAAUUUUAGUUUGCCUAAAAUUGUAGUAGAAAAUAUGAAUCUUCCCUUCGUUUGCAAUGCUCAUUGGAGCGUAAGCGAAUACACGAAAUGCAGUUUAAAAGAUAAAAUCACGUCGGAUCGAUGGAGCUUAUGCUCGAUUCAGAUACAAUGGAACGCCGAAAUAUUUGGUGGUUUCGAUAAGCUGAUGAAAUGGGACGAAAUUUUGUACCAAGAUCAUUCUAGCGCUUAUAAUUUCGUCGAAUUCUUGAAAUUGAGCAAAUACGAUUUGAAGUGCAUCAAGAAUUCAUCCAUCAAUUACUGUAUAUCGUUGUUUUUAACAGACAUUCAAAAUGCCACCUCGCAUUGCUCUGUAAUACAAGCUUUAGAUAAUCUAGCAAUAUACAUUCAAUUAUACAAACAGUCUUCUCAAUGCAACGAAUCAGAGUCCAACGAAAGCAUCACCGAUCAUCCAUGGGAAAAAACCUUUAUCAGGUUUUUAAAAGUUUUACCAUCUUGUGACGAUGAUAUAGUCGUGUUAAAACGGGUUAUUCAGCUACUCUCCACCUUAGUUACUUAUUACAACUUUUCGGAGGGCGAUUGUUGGAUAUCUUCUUUAUUGAAGGACCACACCAACAGCUUGCUAGACGUAUUAGUGGUAGAUGAUAAUACUGAAAGCGAUAUGAAAACUAUAGCUAAAGAACUUUUAACGUUAAUAUCCGUUUGCGCCAGGCAAGAGCAACAUUACAUCGAUUAUUAUUUACCCCAUCAGAGCAACGACAGGAAAAGUUGGAUUUAUGUAAUUAAAAUAAUCGCCUGUAAUAUCAAGGAUAGUGGAAAACGGCAUUUUUAUAAUUUAGCAUAUUUGGACUCGCUAUUAUCUUGCCUGGUGCAAUUAACUGCCUCGCUAAGUUGGAGCCAGUGCAAAAUGGGUUCAACGCUAGCGGAACCAUUGCCACAAAUGAUUGUGAACCUUUGCGAACUCAUCGAAGCCUUCCAUUCGGGAAAAGGGCCCACCGCUUCCGUGUCUGUGAUGGGUUUGAGCAUUACUCGGCACGUUUUGCUCGUUCUCAACCACGUUUUAGCCGAAAUAAAGAACUCCAAAUUGAAGAAUUGGGAAACGUGUUUCUUCGAUGAUGUAGACAAUCACAACAGAGUCCUGAGCUUCAUAGCUUUGUGGGCUAGUAGAGAUGUAGUUCUGAGAGCGGCUUCGCUACAGUUUUUCUCCGGUUUGACGUUGUCUGCUCGAGCAGCAAUCGAAAUUGUUCACCAAUUAACGACCGAAAGUAGCUGCAUCUUGGAUUUAGCGUUGAGAGUUCUCACCGAUUAUAAGGAAUCCAACGCCGUUAGAGGAAACGCGGCGGAGUUGCUGUCGAAUUUGGCGAUGCAUUCCGUUCCUCUAGAGAUCGAUAAGACCGAUGGUGCGAAUUUCGCACUCAAAAAGAGCUCUACUAUGACGCUCCUCGAUCUCGUCGACCGGUACGAUUUUUACACCAGCUUGGAGAUUAUUUUUAUGGAAUUGUACACGUUGAAUUACCCUCCGAAAAAAUCGAAAUAUUUAGACAAAAAGUGUCCUUCCGAAUCGGAUAAAUCCUGGACUAGUUCCAGCGAGGAUACUUUAAAUAAUGUGGUGUCGUCGACACCUUGUUUAGUAAAAAAUGUUUGUAAUUUUUUGUACAACCUCGUUUAUUUGAAUCCCGGCGAGAUCAGCCAGAAAAUGCACGAUAAAUGUUUGGUGAAAUUAUUAUUCAGAACCAUCUGUAAUCCUUGCAUGAGUAUUACAAAUACCAGGGAAUUGUCCCUAUACUGCGAUAUAAUCGAAAUGGACACUGCAGUGUGCUCGGUUCUAUUACGAUUGGCUACUUGUAAUUCAGCGUGUUUGGGGACAAUUUUGCAUACGAGGGAUUGUUUGAACACCUUAAUUUCUUUAUUGAAUCCUAAAGCGUUCAACACGGGACUGCCUCAAUUGCUCUACCUCAGGAACAAACUCUGGAUAUCCGUUUUUAAUUUACUCCUAACGUUGGUCGAAUUCAGCGGCGACGCCGAGAAUCUUUCGGUGGAAAAAUCGGUGGAAGUCGUGGAUAUUCUGCUGGGUACUGUGGAAGAUUUGAGCCGCAGCCCUUUCGUAGAAUGCAUCUGCGAAUCGCUCAGUAGCCUCGGCGCGUGCGACCUUCAAAACGCCGCUUUGAAUUUUUUGAUCUGCCUUUUGCGAGUGGAAACCAUCAAGUAUUUCACGGGCACUGGCAGUACCCAAGAAGUUUCGCUCAAAUCUGUGUUGGAUAACGUGAAAACGUCGCGAAGUGUCGUGCUAUCGGACAGCAAGACCUGCCCGAAGACUGCAAAAAAAUCGCUUGAUACCCGAAAAAUCAACGUACUGGAAGAGAUUUAUUUCGGCAAGGUUUUCGUGAAGACGAACGAAGAUAAUUGCGAUGACGUGCAAGUUAGCAUCGUAGAAAAUGCGGACGAUGGCUUGAUUACGGGCGCGGAAAUUUGCAAAAUUCUGCUGUUCUUGUACGAUUUAAGUAAUUUAAAGGACACAAAUGUGUAUUCGAAGAAGAAAGCUUUGAUAACGAAAGCCCUGUCGAGUUUGCUGUGCAUUUCCAACGAAGCUAAAACGUAUGCUUUAGAAAAAAAAUUGGUGCAGUUUGUAAUGAAGCAAUUUAGGGAUUUAUACGUGCGUUUGAGUUUAGAAUCUGUUGAAUGUCUCAGAAGAGCGUCAGAGAAGAAAAGAGUGAGUCCCAUGCUUAGAGAAAUCGAUGACUUGGUUUGUUUAAUGACCAACUUUAUGGUUGAGAAUGAAAAAGUUAAAGUCGAAGCGGCCGCUUUAAAUUUACCCGACGUUAUUCACAAAUUGUGGAUUUGGUUUCUCCUGCAAUCCGGUAACAAUAUGUUACUGAACGUUCUUAAAAUGAUAUGCACGUUCACCAACAAUUGCGAUUUAGCUUGCCAAUCUCUACCGGUAACUAACUCGAUCGCCGGAGGAGUAGCGAGAAAGUCACCUGGUGCUUCCUCUUUGUUACACUCAAUAAUUGCCUUGAUUAACAAACAAAUGGAGCAAAUUAGUAAAACUCACGAUUUAAAAAUAUUAGAGACAUCGUUCAAUAUAUUGCAGAAUGCCUGCCAAUCUUUGGAGUGUAGAAUUUUGAUAUCGAAAAGUAACCUUUUCCAAAGCACGUCUCGUCUUCAUCCGGCUAUUACGAAACGCCAGAAGCCUUGGGACAACGUGGAAUUAUUGUGGUUGGAUUUCUUGCAAACAUUUACAUGUCAUCCUGAAGGCCAAGUCUCCCUAGGAAGGUACAGCGACGUUUUAGAAUUGGUUUUCUCGUUGACCAGCAGUUGUAAAUUAAAGAACAAAUUAAUGGCCUUGCUGGUUUUGAGAAACAUAUCUUUUUAUCAAAGCAACAAGGCUAGAUUGCUGGGUUCUGCGGAUUUCUUAAACGUUUUGUCUACAAAACUAUCUUCUGGUACCGAAGAGGAGAAGAACAUCGUUGUAGUAAUAAUGUGGACGUUAGCAGCGAAUUGCCAGAAAGCCAAAAAUAUUUUAAAAAGCAUUCGCUUAGACGAUAAACUUCAGAAUAUAUUAAAACAUCACCAAUUAAUUAAAAACAGGGAUGAAGUAGGUGGUUUUGACAUCGAAGACAUCGAGAGGAUAUCAUACGUUUUAGGAAUGCUAAGAGACAAUAUUGAAAAGAUUAGAUGAGACUGACUAGCUUAUUUUAUAAGUUUUAAUUAUAUUUAUUAUACUUUUCUAUUAAAGUUUUUA